CGCGAUCGAGGCCAGGCGCCAUCGGCCAUCCACAGAUCACGCGCGACUGACCGGCCGGGAGCGCACGGCGAGCUAGAACUAGAAUGGCCACCACAGCCGGCGCCGGAGGCGCCGGGAAGCUGAAGCUGCUGGGCGCGUGGCCGAGCCCCUUCGUGAACCGCGUGCGCGUGGCGCUGCACCUCAAGGGCCUCGAGUACGAGAACGUGGAGGAGGACCUCACCAACAAGAGCGACCAGCUCCUCGCCUCCAACCCCGUCCACAAGAAGGUGCCCGUGCUCCUCCACGGCGACACGCCCGUCUCCGAGUCACUCGUCAUCGUGGAGUACCUCGACGACGCCUUCCCCGGCGCCGGCCAAGCCCUCCUCCCCGCCGACCCCUAUGAACGCGCCGUCGCUCGCUUCUGGGCCGCCUACGUCGAUGGCAAGUUGCACGGCAUGAUGGUGAAGGCGAUCCUGGGGGCAACGGAGGAGGAGAGGGCGGCGGCGACAGCGGACGCGUUGGCAGCUAUGGAAACGCUGGAGGGUGCGUUCGCCGAGUGCUCCGGCGGGAAAGAGUUCUUCGCCGGCGACGAGCCCGGGUACCUGGACGUCGUGCUGGGGGGCUUCAUCGGCUGGUUGCGCGCCUGGGACAAGGUGGGCGGCGUCAAGCUCCUGGACGGCGGCCGGAGGACCCCGCGCCUCGCCGCGUGGGCGGAGCGGUUCGCCGCGCUCGACGUGGCCAGGGACGUCAUCCCGGACCCCGACCACAUCGCCGAGUUCGCCAAGGUGCUGCAGGCACGCUCCGCGGCAGCAGCCGCCGCCGGCAACUGAGCUCGAUCACAAGUGAAUGCUGCUCUGCCUUCCUGAGAAGUCAUGGUUUGUUUGGCUGGCGAGGAUAAAACAUGGUUUGUUCACUGAAAUAGCUCGUUGGCUUGCCAUCUGUUUUAGCAAAAGUAUGCAUGCUUGUUAUUUAUUCAUAAUAAUUGAUCGAUGAACAUUGGCUCCUGUGUCGAUUCGUUCAAGAAAAAAAGCAGAUAAUUCAUUGUUCGGGUAACAAUUAGGAUUUGCUGUAUA